CGUGGGUGGUAAUGACGCACGGACUCAUUUCCCGCCAAAUUGAGAAUCUGCUUCAGGAAGGAACUCAGGUCGUGUUGGUUGUCAGGAGAAAUCACAAAAACUACAGUAUUUUCUCCACUAGAGUACAGGCGAAUGGAGAAGUCAAACUUCACCGCUCGGGAACCUGGGAUCCCGAAGGAACCUCCCCCCCCACUCCCCUCUCCUCCUUCACGCCCUUCGGAGAUCUCUACAGGGACUUCGGCGGGAGGGAACUUGUCGUGGCGGCCAACGACAACUGGCCCUUCUUCGGGGUGGAGGAGGUGGAAGAGGUGGAGGGAGUGGAGGGAGUGGAGGGAGAGGAGGGUGGAGCAAAGCGUCUCCGUCCUACGUCUGGCAUCGACGUCAGCAUUAUGGAGGCCUUGAAGAGGAGUCUUAACUUUACGUACCGUGUGGUAUCGCCUGCAGACGGAAAGUGGGGCGGACCGCAGCCAGAUGGUACCGUGACGGGCAUCAUAGGCCUCGUAGCACGAAGGGAAGCGGAUAUAGCCAUCUGUGAGAUCACCAUUACAGGCAGCAGGGAGAGCGUGGUGGACUUCACGUGGCCUUACUACCUCGAGUCCGUCACCCUCGUCUCCCGCGCGCCGGCUCCCAAGCAGAGGACUUUCGCGGUUCUGUGGCCAUUCACGCUGGAGGUGUGGCUGUGCAUCAUCUUCUCCACCCUGGCCGUGGGUCCUGUGAUGAAGGGGGUCCUACUGGCCCCGCCCUCGCCGCCAGGGGUCAGCGCCCCCCUCCCGCGCCCCUUCCCCCUCCACGCCCUCUCCUUCAACUUCUUCAGGAACCUGGUGGUGCAAGGGAACCUCCUGCGUGUUAAAGGCUGGCCCGGGAGGUUCGUCUUCUUCUUCUGGUAUCUCUUCUGUUUUUAUGUCUACGCCUUGUAUUCGGGAACGCUGACAGCUGUAUUGGCUGUUCCUGCCUUCGAACGACCCAUUAACACCCUCAACGACCUUUCAAAAGCCAAAGAAAACGGGUAUACGAUUGGCACGAUUCAGGAUUCUAGCCUCGAGUUCAUCUUUAAGGAGGCCAAGGGCGGCAUUUACCAAGAGGUGUGGCAGCUUUUCGACCAUGAGGACCGCACCCGCAGUUUCCUGACGCACCCCGACCUGGGUUUUGACAAGAUCCAAUCGGAGAAGUUCGUGUUCGUCAACCCCGAACUCAACUCGAAGAUCCGCGCCGCCCAGAGAGGGAGAGACGAGUUCUACUUCGGGCGCCAGACGUUCUACCCUCAGGGCUACGGAAUCGCUUGCUACUCGGGGGCGCCCUUCCUCGGGGUUUUCAAUCAGAUGCUGGGUCGCAUGAUCUCGGCCGGCCUCGUCAACAAGUGGGCCCAGGACGAGGUGCAGAAGGUGUCGAGGACGAGCAGCACCUCGAGGAAGGGCGUGGCCGGAGGUCCUUCGGCGAUCACCCUCGAGCACCUUCAGGCGGCUUUCUUCAUCCUCCUCAUCGGCUUCCUGGUGUCGCUGCUGGCCCUGGUGGUGGAAAUCGUCGCUAAAAAGAUAUAAGAUUUGCUUUUUUCAUUAUCUAUUCGAGAAGAUUGUAAUAGAGGGAAAUGAUUAUUGUUUUGUUUUUUUAUUGGUAAGCGGUUUAAUGAAUUCUUACUAUGUUUCUUUUGUUUUAUUUUGUUUUGUUUUUAGAUAUAGAUUAGCGGUUUGAUAAUCAAUCAAUCAAUCAAUCAUUUAGAGCUACCGCCGGCAGGGGCGCAUAGCCGCAUCCACCCUUCGCUUCCACCUGCGAAGGU